UAGGGUUCCAUUGACAUCCCUAAGCGCAGUGCGAUCCACUUGCAAAAAGUGGAACUCUAUCUCUAAAUCUCAGGUUUUGUGUGAAUCAGCAGCAAGAAGGAAGCAGUUUCUAGGGUUCAUGAUGAAGGAUUUUAGAGUUUGCUCUAUGAAGUUUGAUCUCCAAGGAAUCCAAAACGAAGCAGACUUCGUUGAUCCAUCUAUAAAGCAAGUAAGUGUAUUUGACCAAGUAGAGAUAUCUCAAAUCUUUCAGUGUGAAGGCUUAUUGCUAUGCGUCACUAGAGACAAGUCAAGGCUCUUGGUAUGGAAUCCUUAUUUGGGGCAAAUGAAUUGGACCCAACAAGGAAAUAAUUUCAGCAAUAUAGACAAGUAUGCUCUCGGAUAUGACAAGAACCGUAACCACAAAAUCUUGAGGAUUUUCAGUGAGCGUGGAAGCUACGGCGAGAAAAUUGUUCUUGGGUAUGAAAUCUUCGAUUUGAGCUCUAAUACAUUGAAGGUUCGUAAUGUCAAUGCCGACUGGAAUAUAGAUUAUUAUCAACGUGGCGUGUAUUUGAAGGGACAUGCUUAUUUUUUGGCUAAAAAGGAGGACACAGGAAUAGGAGAAUAUGAUAAUGGCUAUAUAAUCUCUUUCAAUUUUACAACAGAGAGAUUUGGUAAACUGCUGCCUCUGCCGUUUGAGACUAAAAUUUCAGAUGAACUUGUUUUAUCAUGUGUGAGAGAAGAGCAACUCGCGGCAUUACAUCAAAGCUCUGCGGUUGGUCAAGCAUUGGAGAUUUGGGUCACGAAUAAGAUUGAUCCAUGUGAGGUUUCGUGGAGCAAGUUCUUAAGGAUCACCUACGGUUUUAGGGAUGGUAAUCUAGCUGGGAGUUUCUUCGUUGACGAAGAGAGGAGAGUUGCUGUGGUUGUCGAUCAAGAGGAUUAUAAAGGACCUAACGUGAACCGUCACAACCAAAAAGUCCACAUAAUUGGACAAGAUGGAUGCUUCAAAUCUGUAUAUAUAGGAGAGGUUCGGUAUCUUGGAAAACGUGGCAGGUUUGGAUAUAUGACAUAUGACAUAUGUCGCCCACUUGUGUGCUCUUCUUUUGUUCCAAGCUCAGUGUCACUACAAACCAAACAACCGCGCGGAAAGUUAGAAGAAAGUGAAACUAAUUAGUUCUAUGUACACUACUUUGUGUUUGUUGCGUCAUAUUCAUCUUCUAAAAAUUACUAGUUUGUGUUUUGCUAUUUAAUCAUAUAAUAAAGAA